UUCACCUUCAGACCUCGAUAAUCGCAAGAAACGUAAGGUGGGCUUCCGUGACUCGGGAUCUGUCGAGGAACUACGAUUCUCGAAGUCGAAAUAGUCGAACAGGUCGAAAGAGCAAUUAAUGGCGACAAUCGAGUCUGCUCGUUCCAUCUGCAAGUCGAAAUGAGUUAUACACGCGGCCACACGGAACGCGUUAUUUCUCAUUCCCUGAUCAUUUCCUUGACACUUGGGAUCGUUUCGUCAAAUGCAUAUAUACUACUCUAUCGUGGAUUAUAAAAUGCAACACAGACAUAAAAUCGUUGGACGUCGUUCAAUGCGCGUCCUACGCGCGCGAUAUUUGUAGAUUUGCAGAUAUACUGGCGCGCAAUCGUGAUAAAUAUUUGAGAGAGGCUUCCUAAUAACGUCUGUCAUCCUGCGAAUGUCGAGCAAACUCGCUCGACUCUAGUGAUUCGCGUUAAAUCAAUAAAUCAUUCGGCGGAUCCGCGCUUGGGUGCGGCGGCUGCCAUCACGUCGGAGCGUUAUCCGGCUCCGAUAACGCGCCGAUAAGAAAUCAAAUUGCAAGCGACUCGAGCGUCCAUCGGACUAUAAUCGUCGGGUGUCAUCGCCGAUGACUCAUCGGAGGAGGAUCCCGCGAAAAUGCUGAGUUGCAAAAUGGGUGCCGAUUCCAAAUGUAUCCUGGUGACCGGCUUCGGCCCGUUUGCCGCUCACGCGAGGAAUGCGAGCUGGGAGGCGGUGGAGGAAUUGCAGAAACUGUGGACGAACUCUGUGGAAUUUCCCGACGUUGAACUGGUCGCGGAAGAAGUCCCCGUCUCGUACGAUUAUGUGUCCAACCGUGUUCCUCAUCUCUGGAAGAAACACAGUCCAUUGAUUGUUCUACACGUGGGUGUGUCGCACAAAGCUGAUUCUCUAACGAUAGAGUGUCACGCCUGCAGCAACGGCUACAAGAGGUUCGACAUAGAUAAUAAAUACCCUGAUGAAACGAACGUCGAGUGCAGCGUCCUGGAAACUGGAGUAGAUGUCGAAAAACUUUGCGAUAGUGUGAAUGAAAACUCCGAAAGAAGUGGAUGCAAAGCCUGCGUCUCGUACGAUGCCGGCAGAUAUUUAUGCGAAUAUAUAUUUUAUCAAUCUCUUUCUGUUGAGCCGACAAAGACUCUGUUUGUACAUGUUCCAGACUUUGACAAGUACUCCAGUAUACAAACUGCAAACGGUUUAUACGAUAUUUUGUGUUAUUUAUUGAGAAAUUUGAAAUCCAGUUAACAGUCGUAAUCUGUUUAGCUGUCAGUAAUUAAUAAUAGGAUACAAUAAAAACAAUGAUAUAAUUUUAUAAAAAUCUAUGUGCUUAAGGCCUGUACACGUAUAUACGACAUAAUAUCUAGAAAUAUAAAAAGGUUAAGAAUGUAAGAUAUGUAAUAUAAAUAAUGUGAUGUGAUAAAAAUAACAGUCUUAAUCUAUUAAGCAGUAAUUAAUAACAGAGAACAGUAGUUAAGCAAUAAUUUUAUAAUCUAUGUGUUCAAGGCCUAUAUACUUUCUUAAAUCUAGAAGCAAAAAAUUUAAAAAUAUAAGAUAGAUGUGUAAUAUAAAUAAUAUAAUGUGAUAUUCUUAUAGGAUAAGGCAUAUGAUUAUGGCAAAUACAAGUUUCAUUUUUUGCUGUA